GAGGAAAAGACACAAAGCCCCGCUCCCCGUGUGUGCUGAGCUGAGGGCAGUGACGAGUGAGCGAGUGUACCCAACGCCAGACCAGUGUGAUUGCGGGUAUCGAUCGGGUGGACGAUUGCACGAUAGCUUUUUGCCUUGUGCUUCCCCCCUCAUCCUCCUCGCUCCUUCCCUCCUCUCUCUCUCUUGCCUUCGUUUCUCCUCCCUCUCCCCACCUGGCCUGGACUCUCUCUAAAAGCCUCCAACUAGCUAGCUAUCAACCCUAGCACGCACCUCGCAGCAGAGGUUCCAUCGUCUUCUUCCUCCAGUCUCUGAUCGAUCGGCCAGCUUAACCAGCUGAGGCAGCGGGUGAUCGACGAGCUCCGGUCCACUUCUCUCCCCCUCCAUGCCAUGGACGGAGCCAGUUAAUUCCACGGCGCCGCGGUGGUACUAGCAUAGCACGACGUACCAGCAAGUCGCCCCCUCGAGAUUCAAGGAGAGGAGAGGAUAGCUUAGCUUAGCUUAGCUGCUGCCUGCCUAGGUGUCCUUCCGUCCGUCGUCCCCAGUCCGGCAGAGUCCCCACUGCUGCUGGAGCAGGACAGGCACUAGCUGAUCUGGGGUGCAACUGCAAGUACCACCACCACCACCACCACGCACCACUGCACUGCACUGCACAUGAUCGGGUCGCCCAAAGCCGCCCGCCCGUGAGAUCUCGCGUCCUAUGCUGCUGCCUGUUCCGCUUCAAUUCUGACACCCCAAGCAGGGUUGCAUGCGGCCGCGCAACGCAAGCUGAUCUGAUCCUGAUCCACCACCACCACCACCCAUCGUCAUCCCAUCCGCAGAAGCAAGCAGCUAAGCUUGCUUAGCUGGUGGUAGAGGUGAGCAAGCAUCAGGAAGGAGCAAGCGCAAGAAGCAGCUGGAGAUAUAUCUGCUUAUCGAUCGAUCGGGGAGAUGAUGCUCAAGGAUCUGGCAGCAAUUCAGCAGCACCAGCACCACCAGCAGCUGCAGCUGGCCGCCGCCGCCGACGAGAACAUGUCUAACCUGACCUCCGCCUCCGGCGACCAGGCCAGCGUCUCGUCCCACCCCGCCCCGCCUCCCGCCAAGAAGAAACGCAGCCUCCCGGGGAAUCCAGACCCGGACGCGGAGGUCAUCGCGCUGUCGCCGCGGACGCUUAUGGCGACGAACCGCUACGUGUGCGAGGUGUGCGGCAAGGGGUUCCAGCGUGACCAGAACCUGCAGCUGCACCGGCGCGGCCACAACCUCCCCUGGAAGCUCAAGCAGCGCAACCCCAAGGAGGUUGUGCGCAAGAAGGUGUACGUGUGCCCGGAGCCCGGCUGCGUGCACCACGACCCGGCGCGCGCCCUCGGCGACCUCACCGGCAUCAAGAAGCACUUCAGCCGCAAGCACGGCGAGAAGAAGUGGAAGUGCGACCGCUGCGCCAAGCGCUACGCCGUCCACUCCGACUGGAAGGCGCACUCCAAGGUGUGCGGCACGCGCGAGUACCGAUGCGACUGCGGCACCCUCUUCUCAAGGAGGGACAGCUUCAUCACGCACAGGGCCUUCUGCGACGCGCUCGCGGAGGAGAGCGCGAGGGCGGUGACCGCGGCGGCGGCGGUCGUCGCGGGCCAGCAGCAUCACCCGGGGAUGCUCUUCUCUCAGGCCGGCGGUGGCGGGGGCGACGGCAGCGCGGGGUUGCACCUGCCGCCGGGCGUGCUGGACCCGUCGCAGACUCUAGGCGGCGGGCACGGCAUGUCCUUGCAAGAGCUGUGCCUCAAGAGGGAACAGCAGCAGCAGCAGCAGUUCGCCCCGUCGUCGUGGCUCACGGCGCAUCGUCAGCAGGAGCUGGAGCUUCCCGGCGCAGGCAACUCGGCCGUGUUCGGAUCAGCGAGGCCGCUAGACCAGCAGGACUACAUGGGGAGCUCCACGCAUGAGAGCACGGCGGGCCUCAGCGGCUUCGUCGGGUUCUCCUCGCCGUCCGCCGCUGGUGGAGGGGCGGCCUCGGCGCACAUGUCUGCCACCGCGCUGCUGCAGAAGGCCGCGCAGAUGGGUGCAACGCUGAGCCGGCCGUCGAACCAGGGACAGAUGGCGAGCACCCACAGCACCACCACCACCACCAAUGCUGGCACUGGCGCUGCCAACGCGGCAGCUGCAAGCAACGUGCCUGGCACUGGCGCUGGUGCCCUCGGCUUCGGGGCACCUCAUCACUUUGGAGCGGAGGAGAGGACCACCAGGCCUGAUCAUCGCGACGCCGGCAACGGCGGCAAUGCCGCCACCGGAGGCGGCAACGAAGGCCUCACCAGGGACUUCUUGGGGCUGAGAGCCUUCUCCCACGGCGACAUACUCAGCAUGGCCGGCUUCGACCCCUGCAUGUCGUCGGCCUCGUCGGCCGCGUACGAGCAAGGGCACCACCACCACCACCACCAGAGCAGCAAGCAGUGGCAUGUCUAGACAUCAUCGUCAGUACAAUAUAUACGAUCCCAUAGCUCGCUCGCUCGCCAUAUCCUGAAUGAGCUGCAGCACGUACGCAUGCAAGGACUUUGCUCGAUCAUAUUGGGUAAGUCGGAUCAUCGAUCGAAUCCAGUUCACUUUUUUGCUUGGCACUUACUUUGAUACGAUGUUCAUUUGGGGGGUAUGGGCAUUUCAAUUCUUAUAUAUAAACUUUAAUCAAGGUGCAAUAUAUAUAUGGAGAACUUGCAAAUGUUUUUGCUAUUAUAUAUAUAUAUCAUAUAUAGUCAACGAUUCAUGUUCUUAGCCAGAAUAUAUCUAUUUGCAUUCAGUAUGUAGCUACUUAGUCAGUUAGUCGGUAAGCUUUGUAGUUUGUACGAGAAGCUCUAUUACGUAUGCAAAUUCACUGUUACUGGAUAUAGCUCUCUCAUGAUAUGCUAUGCGUACCUGAUGUUCAAGUUCCCUCUA